GCUCUAGAAGACUCUAUUCCAACACACAUAAAUUGCGUCGCAAGCCUUCUGCAACCCACACAUCCAAAAUACCCCAAUCCAACCUUCGUCGAGAGUUUUCUCUUUGACAUUGUCUACUUCAGAUCACUUUGAGAUCUAAGUAUUUCCACGCGCAACCUCCAAACCCACCAAAAAGCCCUUUGACAGACGAGCCUCAAUCACAAUGUCUGAGUCAUUCGAGUUUCAGGCUGAAAUUUCUCAGCUGCUCUCCCUCAUCAUCAACACCGUUUACUCAAACAAAGAGAUUUUCUUGAGAGAACUCAUCUCGAACGCAUCAGAUGCGCUUGACAAGAUUCGAUAUGAGUCUCUCUCGGAUCCAUCGAAACUCGACUCCUGCAAGGAUUUGCGCAUCGACAUCAUCCCAGACAAGGAGAAGAAGACACUCACCAUCCAGGACACUGGUAUCGGCAUGACUAAGGCUGAUCUAGUCAACAACCUUGGCACCAUUGCCCGCUCCGGCACCAAGCAGUUCAUGGAGGCAUUGAGCGCUGGUGCUGAUGUGUCCAUGAUUGGCCAGUUCGGCGUCGGUUUCUACUCAGCAUACUUGGUUGCUGACAAAGUCACCGUCGUCUCGAAGAACAAUGAUGACGAGCAGUACAUCUGGGAGUCCAGUGCUGGUGGUACCUUCACAGUCACACCAGACACCGAGGGUCCACAGCUUGGCCGUGGUACCAAGAUCAUCCUGCACUUGAAGGACGAACAGACCGACUAUCUCAACGAAUCUCGUAUUAAAGAGGUCGUUAAGAAGCACUCCGAAUUCAUCUCAUACCCGAUUUACCUACACGUCCUGAAAGAGACCGAGAAGGAGGUCCCAGAUGAGGAUGCCGAGGAGGUCAAGGAAGAGGACGAAGAGAAGAAGCCUAAAGUCGAAGAAGUCGAUGAAGACGAAGAGGACAAGGAGAAGAAGCCCAAGACCAAGAAAGUCAAGGAAUCCAAGAUCGAAGAGGAAGAGCUCAACAAGACCAAGCCAAUCUGGACCAGGAACCCACAGGACAUCACACAAGAAGAGUACGCGUCCUUCUACAAGUCACUUUCGAACGACUGGGAAGAUCACCUUGCCGUCAAGCACUUCUCUGUCGAGGGUCAGCUUGAGUUCCGCGCCAUUCUCUUUGUGCCGAAGCGCGCUCCAUUCGACCUCUUUGAGACUAAGCGUACUAAGAACAACAUCAAGCUCUAUGUGCGCCGUGUCUUCAUCACUGACGAUGCCACCGAUCUCAUCCCAGAGUGGCUUGGCUUCAUCAAGGGUGUCGUUGAUUCUGAAGACCUUCCAUUGAACUUGUCUCGUGAGACUCUCCAACAGAACAAGAUCAUGAAGGUCAUCCGGAAGAACAUUGUCAAGAAGACUCUUGAACUGUUCAACGAGAUUGCAGAGGACAAGGAGAACUUUGAGAAGUUCUACAAUGCUUUCAGCAAGAACAUCAAGCUUGGAAUCCAUGAGGACUCGCAGAACCGCGCCCAGCUCGCCAAGCUGUUGCGAUUCCACUCCACCAAGUCUGGUGAUGAAACUACGUCGCUCACUGAUUACGUGACCCGUAUGCCGGAGCACCAGAAGCAGAUGUACUACAUCACCGGUGAGUCGCUGAAGGCUGUGCAGAAGUCGCCGUUCCUUGAUGCUCUCAAGGAGAAGAACUUCGAGGUUCUGUUCCUUGUCGAUCCUAUUGACGAGUAUGCCUUCACGCAACUCAAGGAAUUCGAGGGCAAGAAGCUCGUUGAUAUUACCAAGGACUUCGAGCUGGAGGAGACCGAAGAGGAGAAGAAGAAGCGUGAAGAAGAGGAGAAGGAGUACGAGAAGCUCGCCAAGUCGCUCAAGAACGUCCUUGGCGACAAGGUUGAGAAGGUCGUUGUCUCUCACAAGCUCGGUCUCUCGCCUUGCGCCAUCCGUACUGGCCAGUUUGGUUGGUCGGCUAACAUGGAGCGUAUCAUGAAGGCUCAAGCUCUUCGGGAUACCUCCAUGUCCAGCUACAUGGCAUCUAAGAAGACGUUCGAGAUUUCCCCUAAGAGCCCCAUCAUCAGGGAGCUCAAGGCCAAGGUCGAAGCUGAUGGCGAGGACGACAAGACCGUCAAAUCGAUCACUCAGCUUUUGUACGAGACCUCACUUCUUGUCUCUGGCUUCACGAUCGAGGAGCCCGUCAACUUUGCUGAGCGCAUCCACAAGCUCAUCUCUCUCGGCUUGAACAUUGAUGAGGAGGUGUCUACCGAGGAGAAGACUACUGGCGAGGAGUCUACGGCAGAGGCGGCUGGUGAGAGCGCCAUGGAGGAGGUUGACUAAAUGUGUGCAACCAUCAAGCCUCUUAACUUGGUAGAUUGUUCGGCGCAUGGCGUUUAAACGAUGAGUGACUUGGGCCAACUUUUGCGUCAAAAAUGUGUGAUGUAUUAAUGCAUGCAAAGGAGACGGAAACCCCGCCCUUCGACGGUCAGGAGGUACGGAAUCACGGUGUAAUGGACAAUUAACGUUAUUACCUCUCUUCGCUUGUCGGAAUCACAGUAGAUUCUCAAGUCUUAGAAGAUGAUUCAUAGGAGUAGCUCCAAUCGAGAUUAUGUAUUUCUCAGA